AUGGCGGUCGCGAGGCCCAUACGCAUGCUCGGCGCAGCAUGUAUCCUGCUAUGUCUCUUCCUGAUCUUCCAGGUCAACAAGACUGAAGGCCCGACAUUCAUUAGUAAGGGGUCAAAAGAAUAUCAGGGCAUGAAGAAAGACCCUCUCUUAGAUCCCACUGGUGAACCCGAGGGCCAUUUAUGGCGAGCAGAAGACAACGACUAUACCCCCAACAGCGCCAAAUCCGCCCGUACGAACGCUGCUCUCAUCUUGCUUGUGCGCAAUGAAGAGUUAGACGAGCUCAUUCCGACUAUGAAGGAUUUGGAGCGGACCUGGAAUGGCAAAUUCAACUAUCCCUGGAUUUUCUUCAACGACAAGCCUUUCACCGAAGAAUUCAAGAAGCGCACCCAGGCCGAGACCAAGGCGAAGUGCCAAUAUGAGACCGUGCCGAAGGAACAUUGGGAUGUCCCCAGUUGGAUCAACAUGGAACUCUUCCGCGAGUCCGCGCAACUUCUGAAAGAGCAGGAUAUUCAAUACAGCGACAAGCUCUCCUAUCACCAGAUGUGCCGGUGGAACAGUGGCAUGUUCUAUAAGCAUCCUGCCCUCAAGGAUUACAAGUACUACUGGCGCGUUGAACCCAAGGUCCAAUUCUUCUGCAAUGUCGACUACGACGUGUUCCGAUACAUGGAAGACAGAAACCUUACGUACGGUUUCACCAUCAACCUGUUCGACGCUCCCCAGACCCUCCCCUCACUCUGGCCGGAGACGAAGAAGUUCCUUGCCGCAAACCCCUCUUAUCUAUCCAGCAACAACAUGAUGGAUUGGUUGACGGACAGCACCCUGCGACCGGAUCACACCGAAGCCGCGAAUGGAUAUUCAACCUGCCACUUCUGGUCGAACUUCGAGAUCGGCGAUUUGGAUUUCUUCCGGGGAGAACAGUACGAGGCCUAUUUCAACCAUCUCGACCGAGCCGGCGGUUUCUACUACGAGCGAUGGGGCGAUGCUCCUGUGCAUUCGAUUGGCGUGGGACUAUUCGCUGACGCAGCUAAGGUUCACUGGUUCCGUGAUAUCGGAUACAACCACAUCCCCUACUUCAACUGCCCCAACUCCCCCAAGUGCUCGAAAUGCACACCCGGCAAAUUCUACGCGGGCGAACCCUUCCUGGCCAAGGAAGACUGCCGCCCGAGCUAUUUCAAACACGUUGGAAUGCACUAG